AUGUUUCGCUUUUGGAGCAAGAAGGGCUGGUUCCCCCCGGGCUCCUCCAGCAGUCGGCAGAACAGCGCGGGCGCUGGUGACAAAGACAAAGUCAAGUCGGCGCUUGGGUACUGCAUCCAAGACCGGCAUCUCGGAAAGAUCCAUAAAGCUGCCAGCAGGGGUGAUGUGGCAAAACUACGGCGGAUCCUUUUGCAAGGGGGAGUUGGCGUGGAUGAUAGAGACAAGAUGUUUAGGACCUCGCUACACUUGGCCUGUGCCAAUGGUCAUCAUGAAGUGGUAACUCUCCUGGUGGAGAAAAAUUGCCAUCUUGACCUCUAUGACAGAAAAGGGAAGACAGCUCUGAUGAAGGCUGUACAGUGCCAGAGAGAGGAGUGUGCAGCUAUUCUGCUGAAAAAUGGUGCCUGUCCAGACCUUAUGGACUCCCUCGGCAACACUGCUCUCCACCAUGCUGUCUGCGGUCAGAAAAUAUCGAUUGCAGCAGAACUGCUUUUACAUCAUGCAGAUAUUGAAGCAAUAAAUGGGGAAAGGCUAACACCACUUUUACUUGCAGUAAAAACAAACAAUCAGCCGAUGGUAGAAUUUUUAGUACAGAAAGGAGCAAACAUACAUGUGUCUGAUAAGAUGAAAAGAACAGCCCUCAUGUUUGCUGUAAACUACAGAUCAACAAAUACCGUCAAGCUGCUUCUUGAGCGAGGUAUUGAUGCCCUUUCUAAAGAUAUCUUCGGAAGGACUGCAGAAGAAUAUGCUCUUGCUAGUGGUUGUUAUGGCAAUCUCCAGCUAUUGUUCAAAUAUACAGAGCCAAAGACACCUACAGAUUCUUCUCUAACUUACAAUCCAGGGAAGGAAAAUUCCGAAGAUGACCCUUUAAGCAGGCUUUGUGACAUACCUGGCCCUAAUGAUUCAUGGUCGUCAUCAAUUGAUAACUUAGAUUUUGAUACCAAGAAUGUCCCGAAACUAGACGUCACAAAGCUAAUAAAGACUUGUCCUCUUUGGCAAUCUACAGAAAUUCAACAAGCAAAAUAUGGCAUUCAGAGACCAGAAAAUAAAACCUUGCUUGAGAGUAUCUCUGAGAAUCUUCCACAGAAGUAUGCUGGUCCUUCAUCUGGGGCUGCAGAUCAAAGAGGAAAAAAUAUAGUAAAUGGGCAAGGAGAAGGUAUUAUAAUAAUACCUUCUUGCAUGAGAGGACCAAGAAACUUUAAGAUUGCUAAACUAGAGGAUACAAGAAAUGUAGGCACACCAGUAGCCCAUGUAGAGUCUCCUGAGAAAUAUCCUCACUUGAAGCCUACCGUUGAACGGAAAGAUUCUGUUCCAAGUGAAGCAGUAGAAGUGAAAGAUAUACAAACAUCUAGAUCAGCAGAACAAGACUUUAAAAUGACAGCAGAGGAAGAGCAAGAAAAACUUGAUGGAAAUGAAAAUAAGCAGCCACAGGUUGAUGAUGAAGAAAAGAAGCAGCACAAAAGUAAUGAAAUGGAAAUAUCAGAAAACCUCUAUGAUGGUGCUGCUGCUGCUGCUGCUGCUGCUGCUGCUGCUGCUGCUGCUGAUGAUGAUGGAUUAAUUCAACAAAGAAAGACUGGGAGAAAUGAUAACUGGCAAUUUCCUGUUGAGGAGAAUGAAGAGUAUGAUAGCAGUCCUGCCUUGAGUAUGAUGGAAUUGAAGAAAAAUGAAAAUGAAAAAUGGACCUCAGAAGACUCUGUGAUUGCACCAAUGUUGGAGAAGGCUGAUUUGCUAACUGGUGGUCCAUUCCAAGUGAAGGGUAACAGCCACUUAGGUAAAAUAGAUCAGGAUGAAGGAAGAUUUGCCUUAAAACAAGACAAGGAAAACAGAAGAGAUGCUGACAUGGUGUGUGACAGUCUUAGAGAGCUGCUACGAAGAACAGAGGAGCAGUGCAGUGAAGAUGCUGCAGUGAGACGACUUGAAGUGACUCUGAGGACCCAAGAUGCAGAACUGAGGGCUGUCAGAGACAACUGGAAUCAGCUUGUAGAAGAGCAAAAUGACAUCCAGAGGCAACUUUCUCAAGAACAGAAUGCCAGCGUCUUACAAGAUGGGAUUCUGACCAUGCACCCGUGUAAACAAAAGGAGCUAGAAACGGCUCAAAAGAAAAUGAACGAUAAGAUUUCUGAUAGUCAUACAAAAGAUCUGUUGCAUAAAAAUGACAUGUUGCAAGAUGAAGUUGCCAAGCUAAGACUGGAAAUAGACACAAUAAAAAAUCAAUACCAGGAGAAGGAGAAGAAAUAUUCCAGGGACAUUGAAAUUGUAAAAGAAAAGAAUGAUGACCUUCAAAAGACAAUGAAACUAAAUGAGGAAACAUCAACAAACAAAAUAUUCCAGUACAUUGGACAGAUUCGUGUUCUGACAGCUGAGAAUACGGUGCUAAAUUCUAAACUGGAGAAUGAAAAACAAAACAAGGAAAGACUGGAAACAGAAGUUGAAUCAUAUCACUCUAGACUGGCUGCUGCUAUACAAGAUCAUGAUCAAAGUCAGAUACCUGAAAGGGACCUAGAACUUGCUUUGCAGCAAGCUGAAGAUGAGUGGUUUCAUUUACAGGAAAAAGUGAAUUUUGAUUUGUCUAACCUAAAAGAUAACAAUGAAUUUCUUUCUCAGAAACUUUCUAAAGCUGAAAGUAGAUCUAAUAGUUUAGAAAUUGAGUUCCAUCACACAAGCGAUGCUCUCAGAGAACAGACUUUGGUCUUAGAAGGUGUAAAAAGAGACCUAAGCCAAACACAGUGUCAAAUGAAGGAAUUUGAACACAUGUAUCAUAAUGAACAAGGUAAAGUGAAUAAAUGCACUGGAAAGCAGGAAUCUGUAGAGGAGAGAUUAUCUCAACUACGACAUGAAAAUGUGUUGCUUCAACAGCAACUGGAUGAAGCUCGCAACAAAGCUGAUCAUAAAGAAAAGACAGUAAUUAAUAUCCAAUACCAGUGUCGUGAUAUUGUAAGAAAACCCCAAGCUCAGAGUGAAAAAGGAAGUCUUAUACUAGAAGAGAGAAACAAGGAGUUAAUCAAUGAAUGUAAUCAUUUAAAAGAAAAACUGCAUCACUACGAAAACGAGAAAGCAGAAAGAGAAGUAGCUGUAAGACCAGUUCAACACAAGCUGGCUGAUAGUCUUAAAAAACAGCCUAAGUCAGAGGCUUCACUGGAGGUUACAUCACGUUAUCAAAUUGAUUUAGAAGAUGAGACAAAGGAUUUAAAGAAGAGAUUAUGUGAAAUCCAAAGUCAGGUUGAUGGUCUUACAGCACAACUGGAAGCUGCAUCUUCACAUUGUCUGCAUCUGGAUGCAGAGAAUCAAGUUCUUAAAAAAGAGCUAUUAUCUAUGAAAAAAAUACAAAAGAAAUGUGAACAACUAGAGAAGAAGGAAAAGAAGUUGGAACAAGUAGUAGUGAACCUCAAAAGUCACAUGGAAAUGAACAUGGUAGAACGUCAUCAAGUAGAGCAGUAUAAGCAGGAGAUUGAAGAAAAAGCAAGACAGAAUGUAGUAGAAAAACUAAAAGAAGUUCAUCUGUUUUUACAGGUUGAUGGUCUUACAGCACAACUGGAAGCUGCAUCUUCACAUUGUCUGCAUCUGGAUGCAGAGAAUCAAGUUCUUAAAAAAGAGCUAUUAUCUAUGAAAAAAAUACAAAAGAAAUGUGAACAACUAGAGAAGAAGGAAAAGAAGUUGGAACAAGUAGUACUGAACCUCAAAAGUCACAUGGAAAUGAACAUGGUAGAACGUCAUCAAGUAGAGCAGUAUAAGCAGGAGAUUGAAGAAAAAGCAAGACAGGAUGUAGUAGAAAAACUGAAAGAAGUUAAUCUAUUUUUACAGGAACAAGCAGCAUUUCAAGAAAAUUUAGAGAAGUUAAGAGAGAAUAAAAAUGCUUCCAUAAGAAGUCAAUUCGAACUCAGAAUUACUGACCUGGAAUCUGAACUCAUCAAAAUGAAAAAUUCUCAAGAUGAUUGUCGUGAAACAGAAUUGGUAAAAUAUAAGCAACUCUAUCUAAAAGAAUUAGAAGCCAGAAAAUCAUUGUCAGAAAAACUAAGCAAGGCUGAUAAGAGGCUGGCAGAGGUCAGUACCCAACUUCUUGUGGAGGAAGAGUACACAAUUCUUAGUCAGGAUCUCACUGUUACUACGAGACCUAUCCUGGAGUCACCCAGAGUUGGAAUUCCUAAUCAUCAUUUAUUACUCAGCAGCAAUCAUUUUUCUAGACAAAACAGUGAUUCCUACCUUGAUGGAACUCCCACAGAUCAGAAUGAUGUCCACGAAUACACAGAUUCAAAACAGAAAGAGCUCAACAGGGGUCGCUGGUUACCUAGUCUUCAUCCUGCUGCUGUCUGCGUUGUUGGUAUUUUUAUGAAGAAAUGA